AAUUCUGCCUUCCAACUGAAACAUCGGCUCUUCCUGCCUGAUGACCUUCAAACUGUGACAUUGGCUCUUCCUGGUUCUAUGGCAGCUUUUGGCCUUCAAACUCAAACUGGAGGAACAUCAGCUCUGCAGAUUUUGGACUUGCCAGCCUCCUCUGUAAUCACUUUUGCAAGGGAAAGCUUUGACUCUGAAUUGGAAACCUCCCAGUAACCACAAUGAAGAGGAAAUCCCAGGACUGCCAGUCCAGAUUGCCAGACAACAGUGCCGUGAAGCAGCAGCAGUUGCCCGCCUACCGGCUACAGCUCUCAGCCAACAAAAUCCUCUCCGGCUUUUUUGCCACAGGCGUGUUCUGCCUUGGAGUGGGUGUCAUCCUUCUGCUGUCUGCAAAGACCAUCAAGGAAGUAGAGAUUAAUUACACAGAAAAAUGUGCAAAUUGUGCAAAACUGCGGGAAAAUGCCGCUAAUUUUGACAAAGAAUGCAACUGCUCUAUUCCCUUUUUCCUCCCAGAGACAAUGAAGGGUAAUGUUUAUAUGUACUACAAAUUGUAUGGCUUCUAUCAGAACCUCUAUCGAUAUAUUCUAUCCAGAAGUAAUAGCCAACUGGUGGGUACAGACGUAAAGGAUGUUAGAAACUGUGCUCCAUUCAAAACCUCCCACAAUGGGAUCCCCAUCGCUCCUUGUGGUGCUAUUGCCAAUAGCAUGUUCAAUGACACCAUUAUUCUUUCUUACAACCUUAAUUCAUCUAUCCAUAUCAAAGUACCAAUGAUAAGGAGUGGAAUUACGUGGUGGACAGACAAGUAUGUCAAGUUUCAGAAUCCAAGUUUCCAGAAUCUUUCUAGUGCAUUUGCAGGAACCACAAAGCCUCCGAACUGGCCUAAGCCUGCCUAUGAACUAGAUGAAGAGGAUCCAGGAAACAAUGGCUUCAUCAAUGACGACUUCAUUGUGUGGAUGAGGACAGCCGCAUUUCCCACUUUCAAAAAACUGUACCGCCGACUCCAUCGAAUAGAACAUUUUACUGAAGGCUUACCUGCUGGUAGUUAUAGUUUCAACAUAACCUACAACUUUCCUGUAAACAGGUUCCAAGGAGAAAAAGCAGUUGUUCUUUCCACCCUGACAUGGAGUGGAGGCAGUAGCCUUUUCUUAGGUCUCGCCUACAUGGUGACAGGAGCUGUGACCUGGUUAGCCUUCUUUUCCAUGUUGGCAGUUCACUUGAGGCUGAAAGAAAGGAAAAUGUUCUUCCUCCAGCAGUAAAGUCAGACUUUAAAAAGAAGAGCAGAAAACACAGAAAUGGACGGUGAAGUAAUGGAGCCAAAGAUCUCAAAAUGACUGGGAUGUUUCAUCAAGGGGAACUGGACUGACUGACCAAGUUCAAUCCCCCAUAGAUAAAUAAUGAGAGCUUCAGAGUGAAGAAAAAGAAAAAGAAGAAGAGGAGGAGGAGAAGGCAUAAUUAGGUAUAGUAAAAUGUCCUUGGAAUGGGGAAGAUAAAUCAUCCUUGAGCUCUAAA